CUUCCUUAGUCUUCUGAUUCAAAGACCAUAGUAGAUUUAUAUCCACGAAAUUUCGGGAUACCUUGUAUAUAAAUUUAUUUCGGGUAUUUUUCUGUCAAACAUAAAUCACCUUCCUUCAAACCAAAAACUUAUUCCGUCAUACAAAUUGACAGCUUAUCAAUGUGAAAAUGAAAUGUUUAAAACAAAUACUACAAAUUACCAAUGGAACUCUAAACGCAAAAAGACGUUUUCAUUUUUCCCCUCCCAAAUUAAAUCAGCUGCAGUGUUCGCCGAACUCACAAUUAGACAAAAAUAUCUCUGACAGAUACAUGUGUCUGCCUAUACCCGAACCAAAAACUCAAAUUUGUUAUGUCUGGAUUGACGGAACUGGAAUAGACUUAAGAACGAAAACAAGAACUCUGGAUUUUGUGCCUUCCACUUAUAAGGAAUGCCCAAACUGGACAUUUGAUGGAAGCAGUACGUUUUUCAGUGGUCCAGAGAAGUCCGAUUAUUAUAUAGUACCGAUCGCAAUGUAUCCAGAUCCAUUCAGACGAGGUAACAAUAAGAUUGUUCUGUGUGAGGCUUUUACUCCGGAAAAGAAACCUACCAAAACGAACAACAGGCAGUGUUGCAUCGAAACUUUGAACAAAGUUUGCGAUCACGAAGUGAAAUUCGGUUUCGAACAAGAGUUUUUCUUGGUGGGCCAUGACGAUAAACCUUAUGGUUGGCCUUGUGGUGCCAAAAUUGACACUGAAGGCAAAAGUUACUGUGGAAUAGGUUCUAAUAGAGUUACAGGCAGAGAUGUGGUCGAAUGUAUCUACAGGUGCUGUUUAUAUUCUGGCGUUGACGCUUACAGUUGUAAAGCCGAGAUAGCCUUUGGUCAAUGGGAACUGGUUACUGGACCAACCUUAAGCAUUAAAGCCGCCGAUGACCUGUGGUUAAUGAGAUACAUUAUCAGUAGAGUUUCUGAAGAUUAUGGUUUGACGGCGUCCUUCAAGGCGAAACUAGUACCAAAUGCUCCAGGAUCAGCUCUACACACGGCAAUGUCCACAAAAAAUAGCAGACAAGAUGAAGGUAUAAAAUACAUUGAACAAUUCAUGAAGAAACUGGAGAAGAAUCACGCGAAUGAUAUUAAAAGUUUUGAUUUAGCUGGAGGUGGAGAUAUGAGAAAACGUUUCACAGGAAAAGAUGGAAGCCCUUGUUUAGAUAAAUUUAAAAGUGGUGUUGGAGAUAGGACAGCCCACGUUAAAUUAUCACCUGCUGUUAUUGAUAAAAAGAAGGGUUUCUUCGAAGAUAGAAGACCUUGUGCUAACGCGGACCCUUACCUUGUUAUAGCGACUCUAAUAAAAAGUUGUUUAUUGUAAAUUUUGUGUAAUUUA